GGUCGCGUUUUGGUCGUCAUCUUAAUCCGUUGUCGUUUUCGCGAGUAAUUUUUGUUCCAUCGCUCCUAGAAAAUAGGCUAAAAAGCGAAGAAAAUUCUGUUUAAAUUGUGACUGUUUCAGAGGAAAAUGUUUUGCAGUUGAUUAAAGAAAUCGAACUGUCGAAACUCAGCUCAACAGCUCGUACAAUCUUUACCUCGGAGUGUGAAUUUUCAGUUCUUGUAGUUUUUUUUUACUUUUGGUCAGAAAGAAAGCAAGGACGGACAUAUAAUGUCCAGUACAUCACAAUAUUAUGGAAUGAUGAACGGAUACCCCACGACGACCAAUGGACCGCAGCAACAGCAACAACAUUAUCCGCCUUCUUCGCAGCCCCAUCCGGCGUCACAUGUGGAACAACAAAAUCUCGUAAAGAAUGUUGCGAUGAAUGGUCCGUCGCAACCACCGCCUAUGGCGGGUGGAAUGCAACAACAUGGAUUACCAAUUUCUUCUGCAGUGGCUCCUGUGCAGAAUGGACCACCGUCCUAUCAAACGCCGCUAGCCCACAACCAAUUGCCGCCGCAAAGCAAUCGAAUGGCGAAUCUAAUCUCUAAUGGAAAUAGCGCUAAUUCGUCAAGGACGUCGUCCCCUGCGUUUGCCGGUAGAACCAUACCUGCGUCACAGUUGCCUCCGGUAGCUGGAACUCGACCGGAUACUACCCAGCCACCCUCUAGUCAAAAUCAACCGGUCAAUGCACCGGUACCUGGCAAUUACAAUUUCAACUCCAAUAGUAACUGGACUAGUGGGAUGAAUACUGCGUCGAUAAACACCCCACCCAGAACUGCAUCUGGCCUUUCAACUCCACUAAAUGCAUCUACACCCAAUCUAGGUCAGGUGCCAGUGAAUGGCCCAGCAAACAACUUAGUUGGUAGUAUGCAAAACUUAAAUAUCAAUCGGCCACCAUCGGCACAGCAACAGAUGGGUCAUUCAAACGGCACGGGUACCCCACAACCGCCGAUUUCUGUUAACAAAUACCCGAACCAACAAUUGCCGCCACUCGCUGGGCAGCAUUCAAAUCAACCGCAAAAAAAUUAUAACGGUAAUUAUGUACCCGCAACACAGAUGCCCCCUCAGCCACAACAUCCUAACGGGCCUCCCGUGGGACAACCAUACCAGGUAAUGCCUCCAAUGUCAUCAGCUGCUGCUACGCCAUCGGUAACGUCAGCACCUGCUAAAAGGCCCAUGUACCCAUCACAGACCAUACCCACUAUGCCUGCAACACAGACUCCAACCUACUACCAAAACCAACCGCAACAAUAUCAGCCACCCAAUGCUCACCCCGCUCAGCAUUACCAACAACAGCAACCGCAUCAGCACAGCCAUCUUCCACAUCAACACCAGCAUUAUCAUCAGCACCAGCAGCAACAACCCUACGGUGCCAACUUUCAACAACAGCAACAGCAGCAGCAACCAUACCAAGAUCCACAAUAUAAUAAUGUUGUGAAGUCCGGUUUCAAUCGUCUAUGGGGUAACAAUACGGUAGAUCUGCUGCAGAAUCGGCACAUUUUGCCAACGGAGAAAGUUCGACCACCCCCCAUUCACCUGAAUCAUCCUUUCCAGGAAGCAGUCAAUUGCCAUUCAGAUAUAUUUAGAUGCACGUUAACAAAAAUACCGGAGUCUAAUCAACUGCUGCAAAAGUCACGUCUACCACUGGGUGUGCUUAUUCAUCCAUUUCGGGACCUGAAUAACCUGCCCGUUAUUUCGUGCAACACAAUCGUGCGCUGUCGUGCCUGCCGAACGUACAUCAACCCGUUCGUUUUCUUUGUCGAUAGUAAAAAGUGGAAGUGUAACUUGUGUUAUCGAGUUAAUGAAUUGCCCGAAGAGUUUCAGUACGAUCCAGUAACGAAAACAUGCGGCGAUCCAACCAGACGACCUGAGAUUAAAUCCAGCACAAUAGAAUUCAUCGCUCCCUCGGAGUAUAUGCUUCGACCGCCACAACCUGCGAUCUAUCUAUUCCUGUUGGACGUAUCUUCUUUGGCGCAACAGACUGGUUAUUUGCACACUGUUUGUAGCGUCCUCACGGAGCAGCUUGAAAAUUUACCUGGUGAUGCGCGGACCCAAGUCGGCUUUAUAGCAUACAACAGUGCGAUUCACUUUUACAACAUCGCCGAGGGAUACAAUCAACCUCAUGAGGUUACAGUGCUGGAAGUUGACGAUGUAUUUCUGCCAUAUCCGGAUAACUUACUCGUCAAUCUGAAGGAAUGUAAGGAAUUGAUUAAGGAUCUGCUGACGCAGUUGCCUAAGCGAUUCGAACAAACUCACGACACUCACAGUGCACUUGGAGCUGCGCUGCAAGUAGCACAGAAGCUCAUGAGCGUAUCGGGAGGACGCGUAACAGUGUUUCAAUGUUGUCUACCCAAUUAUGGGCCCGGUGCCCUGCAGUCAAGGGAGGAUCCAAAUAAUCGUUCCUCUAAGGAUGUUGCUCAUCUAGGACCGGCAACAGAUUUCUACAAGCGUCUUGCGCUCGACUGUUCUGCACAGCAGAUUGCCGUCGAUUUGUUCUUGCUGAAUAGUCAGUACUGUGAUCUAGCAACAAUUUCUGGAGUUAGUAAGUUUAGUGGAGGCUGCAUGCAUCACAUACCGCUGUAUAGCGAAACUAAACCUCAGCUGGUGAAAACGUUGCAGAAGUGCUUUGAACGUUAUCUUACCCGAAAGAUUGGUUUUGAAGCGGUCAUGCGAGUACGCUGUACUCGCGGUUUAGCAAUCCACACAUUCCACGGUAACUUUUUCGUACGUUCGACGGAUCUUCUUUCAUUGCCUAACGUUAAUCCGGAUGCCGGUUUUGGAAUGCAGAUCACCUACGAGGAAAGCUUGGCCGAGUGUAAAACGAUAUGCUUCCAAGCGGCGUUGCUCUACACUAGCAGCAGGGCGGAGAGGAGAAUCAGGGUGCACACGCUUUGCGUACCGGUGACGGCCAGCCUGUCGGAGGUUAUGUAUUCCGCUGACGCGCAGUGUAUAGUUGGUUUACUGGCCAAAAUGGCGGUAGAUCGAUCGUUGAGUUCAAACCUGUCCGAUGCCAGAGAUGCCUUUAUCAAUGCAAGCGUGGAUAUUUUCAGUGCUUUUAAAACUGCACAAAAUCUGCCGCAGAAUUCAGGCACGAUUGUAGCGCCGGAGAAUCUCUCGUUGCUACCGUUGUACAUUUUGGCACUGAUGAAGCAUGCCGCUUUUCGUGUCGGCACAAGCACCCGGCUGGACGAUAGAGUAUUUGCUAUGAAUGAAAUGAAAACAAUGCCUCUGGAUCAGCUGAUACGAUACAUCUAUCCAGACUUUUAUGUGCUUGAUAGUCUGCUUGUUAGUGCAACACGGGAAAGCAGCGACGGUGAAGCACAGCUGGUGGAACCUCCCCGAUUACAGUUAUCAGCGGAAAAGCUCGAUUCACGGUCCAUGUUCCUGCUAGACUGUGGUCCUCAUAUUUUUAUCUAUGUUGGAUCUAACGCUUCGCCGGAUAUUCUCAAUGAUGUUUUAGGAAUUAACAACGUAUCAGAGAUUCCAGAUUUCUGCCUUGAACUGCCAAGCAGAGAAACACCUGCCAGUGAAGCAUUGUUUGCAUUUAUCGAUAGCAUCAACGAAGAAAAACCGUACUCUACAUACAUACAAGUCAUCAGAGAUACGAGUCAAUUCCGCUCGCUGUUAGUGGAAAAGUUUGUCGACGACAGGAACCAAAGCUCUGUGUCCUAUUACGAGUUCCUGCAGCACCUCAGGACACAAGUAAAAUAAACGAAUGCUAGCAUGGUGUACUAUUAGAAAGAAGUGAUUAACAAUUAACAAUCGAGAUUCUGUUAAAACUGGAGCAUAUAGAUGGUGAGCAAAUUUUAUCUAUCUAUUCGUUUACGAAAGAAAAUAGGACACGAAACCGUAGGAAAUCAUGUACCAUAGAUAAAAAAUUGUGAGAAAAUAAAUUCUAGAUAAUCAAUGGUUGAAAGUGUAAAAUAUAGUAAUCAAUGAUCAUAAUAUAUACGGUAGAGUUUCUGUAAUAGGCCAACCAGUAGUUCUUGAACAGCUGCGAAUUUUACAAUAGGCGAAAAAAACAAGAAUUAAUUAGUUAGACAGCUGUAAAAGCAAGAUCCCAGCAACAAUAAUGCAAAAUAAAACUCUUUUCAACAGACGGUGAUUAUAGUAGUUAUUUCUGAUACAUAUAAAACUAACAAAACGUAGGAAAACAAUACUGAAAAAAAAACAACAACUGUUCAACACAGAAACUUUAUUUGAUAGAUAAUGUUUCUAAUUGUAUGAAGAUGCAAACAACAUGCAAAUUGCAAAACGAAAUCUUUCAGAAAUUAGAUUGUAAUAUUUGCAACUUUUUACGUGUUAAGUAGUUCCAUCCGGUUCCUUGCUUCCACUUUAAAUUUGAUAGUAUCAGUACUGCAUUGAACAGCUAAACCAGUACUCUCGUUAAAGUAUGGUAUUCGGAAUUUGGAUAAUUGUGUAUAAGACAUUGUUGCUUAUUACUAAUGUUUUUUGUAAUUACGAUAUCCGAUCAUAAGCAAGAUUUAUUGGACCCGCUGUAUAGAACUAUUUGAUUAUAAUGUUUAUUCGAAAAAAUGUCUAUUUCAUCAUGUAAAUAUAAUUAAGCUUAGUAUGAAUGCGUUGCACCACGAAAAAAACCAUAUUAUUUAGUUCUUUUUUGUUCUGCAGCAUAUUUUGAAGACGGAUGUCGUAUAUUCCGUAAUCUGUUUUUAUGUUUUCCGAAUUCAACAGAACCUCCAGUGCGCUUUUAUAAUUCAACAUUUUGUUUACUGUAUGAUGCAUUUGCUAAAGAGAAUUUGUUAAAAAUGAAAUAUUCAAAAGUAACUUUUGCGGCAUUCGUCUUCACAGACUCGGCUUAGGUUCUAUAUUAGUUCUGUAUGAUCCAUCUACAACUUAUUAUUCAACAACGUGUACCAGCUCUAUACGAAACUGAUAGUUUAAUCGGAUAAUUUCUAAAAAAAAAAUACGUGGAUAAAAGAAAACGAGAAGUAUUUGAUGUAUGCGUGAGCAUGUCAUUAUGUAUAAAAUCUUAGGAAGACAUGUUUAUUGGGAGUAAUUAAAGAGU